AUGGAUGCGGACGCCGAAUUCCUGAAACGGCUGCAGGAAUUCACCAGAGGAUCGGACACGUGGGAGAAUUUCAAUCCCACCAAGUGGCGGGAUAUUGCAUCUGAAGAGAUCUCUGACAACGAGGCCGCUCUGGCAUCGAACCAUGUUCCAGCCACUAGUACGCUGGCCCUGACUCCUGUCCACGGCUUUCAGAAUGCAGCCCCCAUGGAUGUCGAUUCGGACUCGGAUAGCGGCCCAGCCAUCAUCUUUGGUCGCCACCAUCUUACCGCCGAGGAGGUCUCACACAACCGCGGCUACAAGCUCAGCAAGGCCCGCGACUUUGCUUCGGACGAGCCCGAGGUUCUGCGAGAUACCGCAAAGCUAGAGAAGGUUACCUGGAGGGAGACCGGUCUCAAGAUGGGCGACGUGUCAGUCGAAGGCGACAUUUUCAGCCCGUGGAGACUUGUUGGGGCCUACCCGAAGAUGUAUGUCGGCAAGCGGAACAGCGUGCGGGCCGCACCUCUCUUUGCUGCUGACGCUAUCCACGAGGACCGCGUCUGGGACUUCUAUUACAUCCAUCAACCUCCCGACUCUAACAGGAAGCCUACAUUGUUUGUGCCCACUUAUCAGUUCGAGCAUUUUCUAGAAGUUGUCAACGCGAAGCUCGAGACAGAGCUCUUAAUCCCGAAUGGCACCAACUACGAAAAGUUCACGAUGAGCUUUGGUCUAGGCAAUAUGCCAAAGCCACGAUUUCUGGGCCGCUCUACUAGCCGCCAGGGCUUUAAGGUCCUGUGCAAGGCCAUCGAGACGACCGAGAAAGGGGACGACCUGAAGAAUACAACCAAAGUGGGCCGGGAGGAGUUUCUGAGACUUUUGUCAGUGGCCAACUCUACUAAUGAGAAAAGGUCGGUCAAGUCCGACAAGAAUCGGCGCAAGCGUGUACAGAAUCAUGUGUCUUGGGGCAAGGAGAUCAAGCGUGUUCAGCGGUACCUCGGCCUUCGCCAGCGCGUCGGCGGCAAGAACGGAGUGGUGUCGGAUGUCCCAACGGCACUCGAUCUCCACCGCCCUACGGUCCUAGAGCCAGAGGGAUCGGUCUUGUUCAUCGCCAUUGACAUUGAGGCCUACGAGUUUAACCAGAACAUAAUUACCGAGAUUGGCCUCGCCAUGUUGGACACCAAAGAUCUCGCCAACACUGCUCCGGGAGAUGGAGGUAAGGGGUGGUUCCCUCUAAUUCGCGCCCACCAUCUCCGCAUCAAGGAGAAUACCUGGGCCAUGAACAUAAAGCACGUCCACGGAUGUGCCGACAACUUUGAUUUUGGAACGAGCGAGUUUGUCCCCAAGCAUGCUGCUAUUGCGGUCCUCAAUCAAAUUAUUCAGCAAGAAGCAUCUGCCAGCAGAGACGGCCCGGAACAGCAGCGGCCUGUGGUUCUCGUCUUUCAUGAGGCGCUUUCGGACAUCAAGUUCCUCCAAUCGAUGAACUACGACAUCUUCAAGAUCAAGAAUGCCAUUGACAUUGCCGACACGCGAGGAAUGUACCAGUAUAUGUGUCGUGCAAAGGAAGCGACCAAGCUUGAGUCGAUUCUCGAGGCCUUGGACAUUCCCUAUCGGUACUUGCACAACGCCGGCAACGACGCCGUGUAUACCUUACGUGCCAUGGUCGGCCUGGCUAUCAAGCGCCGGCUGGCGAGUCUGGAGAAGGCUGCCAAGUUGAAGAACCAGGGACAUAACGCUAUUCCCUACGCCGAGUUUGUCGACAAGGACAAAGACGGCUUUAGCAGCCACGGCGAGGAGUCUGAUGGCGGAGAGCCGCUCAACCCAGUCAACCGCGACCCCCGCCUAGACGUGGAGGAGAAUCAGGUGGACCAAGCCUCGGAGGUCAACUCGGAGUCAAUUGACUGGUGGUGA